UUCACCUUGUUGAAAUUAUCGACAGAUUGAGAUUUGCUUUCAUAUUGGCAUCUUGAAGAAAAUUUUCAAAAUGAUUUCCAAAAUUAUUUUAAUAUUCUUUGUAUCCUUUGUUGUUGUUUAUGCUUUGACUGAACAGGAACAAUUUGAAGAAUUUAAGAAAAGUUUUAACAAACAUUAUACGCCGGAGGAAGAGCCACAACGUUUCGAGAAUUUCAAAAAUUCUUUGAAAAGAAUCGCCGAACAAAACAAAAAAUUUGCCGAAGGUAAAAGCACUCACUCCGCUGGUAUCAAUCAAUUUUCUGAUUUAUCUGAACAAGAAUGGUCACAACGUAACCAUGGUCUUAGACCACAUGGUCAGCAACACGGAAAUUAACACAUUACAUUUUUAGAUUAAGUUUUUUGGUCAAAAGUUGUAUAAUAAAAUUUAUUUUUCUUUAAA